AUGUCUCGCAUCGCUAUCGUCACAGGCGCCGCUCAGGGUAUCGGCGAGGCCAUCGCGCUUCGCCUUGCCGCUGAUGGACUCGAUGUCGUGGUCAGCGAUCUGCCUGCGAAGAGCGAACAAUUGGCCUCGGUGGUGAAGCGCAUCGAAGACGUUGGACAACGUGCCUUGGCCUUUCCCUGCAAUGUUUCCGAAGAGAAAGACGUUAUUGCUCUGGUCGACAAGACGGUCGCGACCUUCGGCAGGCUCGACGUGAUGGUCGCGAAUGCCGGGAUAGGCAUGUUCAAGCCAGUGUUCGACACUUCGGUGGACGACCUGGACACUAUCUUGUCAAUCAAUGUGCGCGGGGUCAUGCUAUCCUACAAAUAUGCCGCCAUGCAAAUGGUAAAACAAGGCGACGGUGGAAGGAUCAUCGGGGCGUCCUCUGGAGCAGCAAAGAAGGCUAUUCCCAACAUGGGCGCGUACAGUGCCUCCAAGUUUGCCGUACGGGGCUUGACGCAGGCUUGUGCGGCUGAAUGGAGGAGGCAUAAGAUCACCGUCAAUACGUACGCACCGGGCAGUAUUCUGACAGCGAUGGUCUUGCACCCUGACGACGCGAAGAACGGCGGCCCUGCGUCCACCGCAAAACUGGCCACGGGACUGCCUCUGGAUACGCCGGACGCACAACCGAUCGUCAUCGCCGACUUCGUGUCGUACCUCAUUCGCCCGGAUUCGUAUCAUAUCACUGGCCAAUCUGUGAACAUCGACGGCGGGUUGAACUACGACUGA